AUGGCAGCUUUAAAGUUGGAUAAUAAUGAGGAAGAUAAUUUAGAAACAGAAUCAGAAGUCAGCAGUAUUUAUCAAUGUGGAUCCGUUUUUUCAACGGUACCUGAUAGACAUGGAUUUUUAGGAGGAUCGCAGUACAGUCCUGAAAGGAAACCAGCAAUACCGUCUGUGAUAAUUUUAAGAAGAGAAAAAAAAUGGAUUCAUAUGCUAAACAAUUGGAAUUCUUUUAUGAAAAAUAAUUAUCGUAAAGUUAGAGAAAGAUGUAGGAAAGGUAUACCACCAUCUGUUCGACUCAGAGCUUGGUUAAAUUUAUGUGGUGGCCAAGCGUUGAUGAAUGACAAUCCACGUUUGUAUGAGGAAUUGUUAAAACGAACUGGAGAUCCAAAAUAUCUUGAAGAUAUUAAAAAAGAUCUUCAUCGACAAUUUCCGCAACAUGAAAUGUUUGUGGACAAUGCACCCGGGCAACAGGAAUUGUUUCAAGUUUUAAAAGCGUAUUCUAUUCUAAAUAGUAAAGUAGGAUAUUGUCAAGCACAAGCACCGAUUGCGGCGUUUUUACUGAUGCAUAUGCCUGCAGUUCAAGCUUUUUGGUGUCUUGUUGCUGUAUGCGAUAAAUAUCUAGUUGGGUAUUAUAAUCAAGGAAUGGAGACACUGCAACGUGAUGGCGAUAUUUUAUAUGCUUUAUUAAAACGAGUUUCUCCUGUUGCUUAUAAACAUUUAAAAAAACAAAAAAUGGAACCAAUUUUAUAUAUGACAGAAUGGUUUUUGUGUGUAUAUACAAGAACUUUACCUUGGGAAAGUAUCCUACGAAUCUGGGAUAUGUUUUUGUGUGAGGGUGUUAAAGUUAUUUUCAAAGUAGGAUUAGUUUUAUUAAAGGGAUGCUUAGGACGUACAUCUCUAACCAAGUGCUGUCCAACAAUGUACGAAACUCUUCAAGUUCUGAGAAAUCCUCCUCCAGAAAUUAUGGAAGAAGAAGUUUUAGUUUAUCAUAUAUUGAGACUGAAUUUAAGUGAAGAAGACUUUGAGUACGAACACCAACGACAAAGUCUCAAAAGAAAAAUGAAAGAACAAACAACUCAUAUUUCCAAUGAAACUGACUGA